AUGUCGACAAACCGACUAACACCAUUCAAUAAACGUACUAUACCUAUGAACAAUAAUACACAUUCGAUACGUGACAUACUUGGUCAUGAAAAAAUUGACCUAACACGUUUGAAAAAGCAAGCACAAUUAACUCAAACACAAAUUCCGAAAAUUCCACGCAUAGCACGUACAUUAAAUACACUUGAAAAUGUUUUGAAAGUCUUAGAAGACCAUGGUCGAGCAUCAAAAUGUCAUAUUGAUCAGCUGAUACAAUCUGUCGAAAAAGAAAAUCAUCAAUUAGCACGACAAUUACAUGAAUCUCAAGUCGCUUAUUUGAAGUUACAAGCUCAUACGGCUUCAUUACAAAGUUUGAAGGAAUGUUAUUGUCGGUAUGCCCAUAUGCUUGAUGGUGCGAGAACAAUGUUUAAUGCAUAUCAACAAACGACAACGAAACGUGAUUCAAUCGAUCAAGUUAAACUUGGCCUCAAAGAGUGCACUCAAACGUUAUGUGCAAUCGAAGCUCAAUUAGAAGCCAUGUUAGGUACAUUUGUAUUAAAUUUACAAGAAAUGAGUGGCUUUUCUCGCAUAUGUCCUGGCGAUGAAUACGAGUUAGUUAUCCGUUAUGGGCAACAAAAAUGGAAAGCGCGUGGUCGAAUACUGAAAAAUGAGCAAACCUGGACGAGACAAAUAUUUCAAUUGAAAGCUAAACUUGCUGAUUUAUUAUUAAUUAAAAUUAGCGAAGUUAAGCUAUUAGGUGUUUCAUUAAAAACAAUCGGAACAAAAUGUUUUGAAGUUAAUAAUUUUUAUUCAAUCGAAACACAACGAAUGAUAAUUAAUGCAAAUCAAAGUGGAACAAUUAAAUUAGUUUUUUUAGUCAAUUGGGAUCUCUAUGAUCAAGUUGAUACAAAAUUUUCAUUUUACAAUCCAAAUCGAACAUAUUCCGAUGUAACACGAACAUGGUCGAUGUUUGUUGGAAAUACUACAUUACUUCGAACUGUAAAUGAUACACUUACAUCAUCAACGUCAUCAUCAUCAUCAUCAUCGGCUCAAUAUUCAGCUAAACGAUUAUCAACAUUUUGUCCGAUAAAUUUCCAAGAGAAUAAUGAUUGCACCACAUAUAAUUCUAUAACAGACGAAAGUAAUCAUUAUGAUGAAAUUGAUUUAGAAAAUAAAAAUGAAGAAAUACCAAAAGAAGAAAUGUGUGAUAAUUUUAUUGUUCAGGAUGAUACUCGUUCUUCAUCAAAUUCAUCAUCAUUUGCUGCCGGCUUAAAUUCUGAUGAGAUUUCAUCAGCAGCAUCAAAUGAUUAUUGUCAAACAGAGGAAGAAGUCGAAAAUGAAUCAAUUUUUGAACUCGAUUUACUCAUUGAUCAAGUUCGAACAUGUUUAGAUGAUUUACGUCUUGUCGAUCGAUCGUUUUCAAUAUUAUUUGAUAAAAUUGAGCAAAUCAUAAAUGAUUUAGAUAAAAUAAUCAAAAUUCAAAUUCACGAACAAACAGAAAAAACAUUAGAAAUCGAAAAUAUACUUGUUGAUUUUAAUUUUUUAAAUACACUUGACGAAGAAGAUACAUUGAAAACAAUCGAUUCGGGUUUCGAAGGUGAACAACAACCAAUGAAACAAAAUGAAAAUUUUAAAUCAAAUUUUAAUCAGCCAAUGAAUACCAUUUUUGUCGAUAUUCUUAAUCGGAUUUUAAUUCUUCUUUAUUAUAUUCAAAAUCGUUCCAAAUCUGAUGAUGAUCUUAUCCUUGAACAUCUUAAUGAUCAAUGCGAGCAAUUGAAUGUGGCUAUAUCUUGGCGUAAAAACGAAGUAACAGAUGUCCAACAAGCAUUAUCACAAUGUGAUCCAUCGAUUGUUGAGUUUUGGUCAAAAUGUUGUUUGAAUGACACAUUUAUUAUUUCUUUUGAAGAUUGUCUCAGAGAAUUAAUGAAAUAUUUGAAUUGCAGCCAAAAUGUUGCCGAGUAUCUAUUAAAUAAUCUUUGUUGUUUAUCGUUUCGAAUGAAUUUUGUUCAUCCAAAAUUGUUGACUCUUAUUCAGAUUUGGUUUCUUUUAAGGAAAGAUCGUUCUGUCAUUGAAAAAGAUAUUCAGAUAGCGAAUGAGCAAAUUGAACUUUCAAAAGAUCUUUCAAAUUUAAUUCUAAAUAAUAAUCAUAAACAAAUUGCCUUGAUGCUCAAUCGACGCACGUUAAAUAAUGAUGAGAUUAUAAAUCAAAUAUUAAAUGAAUAUGAUUUUAAAAUCCCAGAUGAAUUGAUCGGUAUGUUAUUAACAUCAAUUCGUCAUGAUGUAAUAUCUCAAUUACGUACAGCAUUAUUAUCUCAUAAUGAUAAUCCAUCUAAGCGUCUUCAAAUACAUAAAAUGAUAUUUAACGUGCAACAAAUGGAUUCUCUCUAG